AUGGGAAAGCAGAACAGCAAACUACGCCCUGAAGUCAUGCAAGAUUUGCUAGAAAGUACAGACUUUACAGAACACGAGAUCCAGGAGUGGUACAAAGGCUUCUUGAGAGACUGCCCAAGCGGACAUUUAUCUAUGGAGGAGUUUAAAAAAAUAUAUGGAAACUUUUUUCCUUACGGGGACGCUUCUAAGUUUGCAGAGCACGUAUUCCGCACUUUCGACGCCAACGGAGACGGAACGAUCGACUUCAGAGAAUUCAUCAUCGCCUUGAGCGUAACGUCCCGAGGAAAACUGGAGCAGAAGCUGAAGUGGGCCUUCAGCAUGUACGACCUUGAUGGGAAUGGCUACAUCAGUAAGUCAGAGAUGCUGGAAAUCGUGCAGGCAAUCUAUAAGAUGGUUUCUUCUGUAAUGAAGAUGCCAGAAGACGAGUCAACACCAGAGAAGAGGACCGAGAAGAUCUUCCGCCAGAUGGACACCAACCGUGACGGAAAGCUCUCUCUGGAAGAGUUCAUCCGAGGCGCCAAGAGCGACCCGUCCAUAGUGCGUCUCCUGCAGUGUGACCCCAGCAGUGCCGGGCAGUUCUGAACCUGCCCUUUGGAUGAAUUAUGUACCUGCUUUUUUUUUUUUUUUUUCUCCUUGCCAAACAACAUUCAUGGUAGUGUUGCCUCUGUAUGGCCAAUUAUGCCUUCAUUUGUGGCAUCUUAUAGCUUAUUUUGUUGUGGAUUAAUUAUAAGAAUGCUGAAUUGCUCUUAACAACUUGUCCAGAGCACGGGCAGUACUGUUUUAAACAGAUAUUGUGGUGUUAUCAUUGUUUUUAAAUUUUCAUUUUGUUUUUGUCUGUUUGUUUGUUUGUUUGUAUCUGUUUUGGAAAGUAUGUGUUGAGGAGGAGUAAACCAACAACAAACCCCUUGGCAGCAAGACACACUGACAGAUUUUAGAUUGCUGCUUUAGUUGUUAGGUAUUCACCUGCAGGACCUGAAAGUGUAGUAAGGCUGAACCAAAGGGGUUGUGAUGGGUGGGGUAGGAUUCACCUGGAACCUCCUCUCCUGUCCAGGAGGCACCAGUUAAGAUCAAAGACAGGACUGGGAGGAAGUAUGGAAGUGCGAAACGUGUGUGGGGUGUAUCAUCCACUCCUACCCCUCGUUGUUUCAAUGCUGUGAACACUUUCCAGGUUGUGAAGGAGAAGGGACAAAAUGAAGGUUGACUUUUCUUUACCAGGUUUACAGUGGUUGAAGUCAUAUGGCUUUAUCUGUAAAUUCAGCAAUUUGCAAUCCUGAUCUCCAAAUCCACAACUGACAAUACCUCUUGCCGUUUGGGAUCAGCAAAAGCAGACACAGACAUGAAAAGCUGGGUCUUGACAAUGAAUUUAAGGGAGAUACGUGUUGAAUGUGAAAUUUUCAGGUUAGUAAUAAAGCAGUUGCUACUAGGGAGAGUGGGCAUUCUCGUGAGGAACUCACGGACACCUGCAACAGCUCCAGCUAAGGCACAUCUGCUGCUCUGAAUGCUCUUGCACAGCAGGAAGUUUUGGGGGCGUGUUUGUCUCUCUCCGUGUAGCUAACAGAGUUUCUGGGCCUGCUCUUAGGGGAAGGCUGUCAUCAAAACUUGUUUUAAACA